AUGAAGCUCAUCUCGAUUAUCACUCCUGCUUGCCUUUUGGGCAUAGCUGCAUCAGUUGACAUGUCUAAGUACACUCCAAAAGGGUCUGGAGUGGAUGUGGGAUUCAAAGCUUUCCUUAAAGAACUCUAUGCAUCGGCUGAGGACCCAGCUUCGACGACAACCUUCACCGACUUCUUCACGAAAGACGGAAAGCUCAUUGUUGUCGAAAACGUUGCCAGUAACCCCAAGGACAUCAUCGCGUUGAAGCAGGAGCUACUGCCAACAGCUGGCACCAAGCAUUGGAACCAUCUUCCCAAUGUUACCACAGUUUCCUCAGAGACGAGCGCUCAAAAGACCUACGAGGUGCUUGGUAUAAUUGAGUCACGAUUUGAUGGUGGCAACUGUUCUCAGGCAUAUGGAAGCCUAGUGGCCUAUGACGACUUCGUCGUAAGUCCAAUGCAUUCGCCGACCGACAUAGCCUGUGAAACUUAG